AUGAAAGUAGUAGAGUUUCGAAUUUGUAUGCCAUUAACAGUUGAAGAAUAUCAAAAAUGUCAACUUUAUUUAGUAGCAAAGGGUACACUAGAAGAUGCAGAACAAAGAAUUAAAGAGGCAGAAAAGUAUGGAAGUGAAAAUAGUGUAGGUGUUGUUAUAUUAAAGAAUGAAUCAUAUGUAGAAAAUAAUACAAAAGGACAAUAUACUUUAAAAAAAUUAAAUAUAUUACAUAAAAUGCCUAAAUGGUUAUUAAAUUUUGUUGAUAAAAAAUAUUGUACAAUAGAAGAACAAUGUUGGAAUGCAUAUCCAUAUAUUAAAACAAUUUUUCAAAGUAGUGGAUUUCCAAAAGCGAGAAUAGAAUUAGAGUCAUCACAUCAUUUAGGUUUUGAUACAGAAUAUAAUCCUUUAAAUUUAUCAGAUGAUUUAUUAAAUUUAAGAAAAAUUAUAUAUAUAGAUAUAGUUAAUGAUAAAGUAGGUUCUAAAGAAUAUAAUAGUAAUGAAGAACCUUCAUUAUUUUUAAGUCAAAAAACAGGAAGAGGUCAUUUUCAAUCUAAUUGGAAAGAAACAAGUAAACAUGUAAUGACAUGCUAUAAAUUAAUAACUUUAGAUAUUCCAUAUUUUGGUUUAUUUUGUUCAAAAAUAGAAAACUGGAUUAUAUCUGCGAUUCGAGAUAACUUAUUAAAAUAUCAUAAAAAAGCAUUUUGUUGGAUUGAUGAAUGGUUUGAUUUAAAAAUCGAGGAUAUCCGAAAGAUUGAAAAGGAUGUCCAAAUAAAGCUCAGAAAAUUUUGGCCAGAAACGGGACAAGAGAUUUCGACAGUCAGUCUUGUCGAUCCUAUUAGUAAUAGUGAGCCAAGCAAGGGAGCGGAAAAAAAUGAAAAUGACCAAAAUAGUAGUACGGGGGAAUCCUUAACAACUGAAGAAGAGUCGCAAUGUGAUAGUUCCACAAAUAUUAGCGACAAUGAAAAUAUAAAAAAUGAUAUUAAUAAAGUAAAUAGGCAUUUCAAUAAUAUAGAAUAUGUAUAUAAAAAUAGUAUAACCUGUUCAAAUACAAUCAGUUUAAAUUAUAAGAAUGAGGUGUCUGAAAAUCAGAGAAAUAAAAAUGAUGAAAUUCAAAGCCAAAUUGUGAAUAGUAGGAAUAUCGAAGUUUAUUAUGAUGAUCAGGCAUAUGAUUUGAGAGAGUAUGAAGUAAUACAAGGUGAAAGCGAAAUAGAAAAUGUUGAAUAUGAUGAGAAUGUAAAUGUAAGUAAGGAAAAAGAAAAGUUUUUUGAUGAGAUUGACAAAAGUGAAGGAGAUAAAAUAUUGGUAGAGAAGGAAAAAAAAGAAAUUAUUGAAUAUUUUUUUUUUAAAAAAAAUAAGAAUGAAUAUGGUGAAUAUUUAUAUAAAAUAGGUGAUGGUAUAUUUUAUUCAUGGACAUAUAGAUAUUUUAAUAUAAAAGAUAAUAAGUUAUAUUAUUAUAUUAAUGAUGAAAAAAAUGAAUUACGAGGAGAAAUAAAUUUACUAAAUGCCCAAAUUCAUUGGGUUGGUGAAUAUAAAGGUAGACAUAAUGUUUUUUUAAUUCAAUGUUUUUAUAAAAAUGCAUAUUAUUUAAGUGUGGAUGAUGAAAUGCAAGCAAAAAAAUGUAUGAUAGAUAUUCAAAUGGCUAGUUUAAUUAAUGAAACAAAUAAUUCAAAGAAUAGUGUAGAAAAGGAAAAUUCAUGUAACAAUAUAAAAGUGGAAAAUGUUGAGAAUGGACAACCCUUUAACAAUUUAAGUGACGAAAUAAAAGCUGAAAAUGAUAUAACCAAAGAUAGAACAUUAAAAAUUAAUGAGCCUAAUGAAUAUGACAACUUUGAAUGGGUAGAAGCAACCAAAAAGAAUAAAAUUGAAAGUAACUCAACAGGUUUACAAUCAUUUAAUAGUGUAAAUAAUAAGGGGUCAGAAGUAAAUGAUAGGUGGACAUACGAUAAUAAUAGCAGCUAUUGUGAUGAAUAUCUAUCCCCUUUAUUAGGAAAUAAAAGUAGAAAACCAUUUCAAUCUUUUAAUUUGAAAGAUAUAAUAAAUAUGCUUUUUGGAAAAGUUGAGGGUAUUGAAAUGUUUGAGAUAAAUAAGGAUAUACAAUAUAAAGGAGUGAAAGAAUUAUUAAAAGAAAUUAAAAUUAGUUUUAAUACAAAUGAUAGAUUAAAUUAUCAUUUAAAAAAUUUAUUUAUUUUUAAAAAAAAACAAGGGAAAAAAAUUGAGUAUUUUUUAUAUAUAAUUUUAAUUUUUUUGUUUUAUAUAUUUUUUCAUAAAAUUUUUAAUUUUUUGUUUUAUAUUUUUAUACCAAUUUUCUUUUUCUUUUGGGGAGCAUUUAUUUAUAACGAUCAAAUUUCUUAUUAUGGAUUUUAUAGUAAUAGUAGGAAUUAUAAUGUGUAUAAAUGCUACUUCAAUGCUUAUUCAAAUAUAAAUGUUGUAAUGUCUAUUUUAUUGAAUAAUAAUAAAAUUCACAAAGGGGAAUAUUAUCAAAAUGUUAUUAAUUCGAAGAAUAAAUAUACACAUUAUGUUUGUAGCUUCCUAUAUUUUGAUAUCCCUAUUUUUAAACAGAUAUACGAAUUUUAUAGACCUAGAAAAUUUUUUAUGACAAAAUGUUUUGGGGAAGAAAGUAGAGAAGUUGAUAAAAUGAAUAGUAGUCAUGUUGAAGAUGAAAAGUUUGGUACUUCAAAAAAUGAGAGUGAUAAAAAAAAACUGAGAUCCUAUAUCAUUGUGCAAUAUACAAACAAAACUUCGAAAGAAUAUUUCAGUUUAAUAAAUCUUGAAAAUAAAAAUAAAUUUGAUAAGGAGUUUAUUUUGGCUCACAAUUUAAACGAGUGCAACAUGAAUAAGGGUGAUGAAAAACAAAAAAAGGGAAACACCAAUUUUAAUCAUAUAAAAAAGUUGUCCAUACAAGAUAUAUCUACGACUGUAGACACAUUAAAUAAUGAAAAAUAUGAUGCCAAUUUUUCAACGAAAAAGAUGUCUAAUAUUGUAUUAAGAAUGAGUAGAACAAAAGUUGGAAAACUAAUACAAUGGUGUAUACUUGGGUUGUUAAAACAAUUUUUUAAAGUAAUUAAAAAUAGACUUUUUGAUGAAUAUGUAAAAGGGGAAGGAUUUGAUAUAUAUAUAGUUAGAGAAAAGGGAAAUGAAAUAUGUAAUAUUGAAUAUUUAACAUGUUAUAAUUAUAAAUCUACAAUUUUUAAUAACUAUUUAAAUAUUGAAAGAUGUAAAAAUCUGGUAAGAUUAUUCUCAUCCAGUGAUAACAAAAAAAGACAUGAAAAGUCUGAAAUUGAUUUUGAUAAAAUUAAAAAAAACAAUUUUUGUAUAGAUGAAAAUGAAGAGAAUAUAAAAUUACAUAUAAAUAAAAAAAAAGAUGAAAAAGAAAUAUGUAGAGAUAUAUUUUUUAAUAUAAAUAAUGAGGAUAUAUCAAAAAAUAUAAUAAAAUAUAUAUAUAAUUUAACUAGAUUAAAAUAUAUGAGCACAAAUAAAUAUAUAAGAUUAAUACAAAAUAUAGAUGAUAUAUUUUUUAUUAUUAAUUUAUCAAAAGUAUUUCUUUAUAUAAUUGAUAAGAUAGAGUUAUAUGAAAUAAAAAAUCAAAAAAUAAUAAAAAAGCUAACAGAUGGACAUUCUGAUUUUAAUUUUUAUUCUGAUAAUUUAUUUAUUAAUAAUGUUAUUUAUAUAUUGAGUGGUUUAAAAUUGUUAUAUAAUACAUUUGAAAAAUCAUGGAUUUUUCCAAAAAAAAAUGAAAAAUUUCAAGGGAAAUAUAAUAAUUCAUAUAUUUAUAUAACAAUGAUAAAUGAAAUGCCUAUUACAUUUUCAAUAGUAACUGAAAAUUAUAAAACAAAAACAAAAUUACAUUCAGAAAUACAUAUCACAUCAGAUUCAUCAAUGGGUGUAGUAGAUAUAUUUAUAAAUAAUGAUAUAAUAAUUAAGAGUAACAAUAAUUAUGAAUUCAAAUUUGUAUUUCCAAAUAUAUCCUUAACAAAUUUGAUAAAAGGAAAUCUGAGCUACACAUUUUGUAACAACUUAGUUGCUACUGAUACAUUGGGAAAUUGGGCUAGUGUCAAGUUCAUUGAUAAGUAUGCAAAGCCAGGACAGUUUUGUGGAAUUGUUAAGCGGAAUGAAACAAUUACCAACACAUUGAGUGGAAAUAUUUUUGAUAAAAUUAUUGUUGAUGAUGAUAAAGGAUAUAGCAAUACGGAUGAUAUUCAAAUGGAAAUCGAAUAUAAUGAUGACUCAAAUUCAGUUUGA